UGGAACACAUUCUCGACACUCUUGGUAUGGCACAGUUGCAAUCUGAGCUUUGUGAUAACACUGCUAAUGAUUUAUGCAGAGUUGAGACAGGUCCAGGACCGUGAUAUUGGUCACCUUUCUGGUGGAGAGCUCCAGCGUUUCGCCAUUGGUCUGGUUUGCGUCCAGAAGGCUGACGUGUAAGAGCAAUAUCUCGAACCGUUUUUCGAUGCGCACAAGCUGACAAAUUUUACAGCUACAUGUUUGACGAGCCUUCCUCCUAUCUUGAUGUUAAGCAGCGUCUCGCCGCCGCUCGCUCCAUCAGAGAGCUUCUGCGCCCUGACGAUUAUGUCAUUGUUGUCGAGCACGAUUUGUCUGUUCUUGAUUACCUGUCUGAUUUCGUCUGUGUGCUUUACGGAAGACCCGCCCUUUACGGUGUGGUUACUCUGCCUGCUUCCGUCCGUGAAGGUAUCAACAUCUUCCUGGAUGGUCACAUCCCCACCGAGAACUUGCGAUUCCGCGACGAGUCUCUUACUUUCCGUCUUGCUGAGUCUGGUGAUGACUUCAUGGUGGACCGGGCUCGUGCUUUCUCCUACCCCAGCAUGGAGAAGACUCUCGGUAACUUCCACCUUAAGAUCGAUGCUGGAAGUUUCACCGACUCUGAGAUUAUUGUCAUGAUGGGUGAGAACGGAACCGGAAAGACCACUUUCUGUAAGAUGCUUGCUGGUGCUGAGAAGCCUGACGGUGGCAAGAGCGUUCCUCGCCUGAACAUCUCCAUGAAGCCUCAGAAGAUCACCCCCAAGUUCCAGGGUACCGUCCGUCAGCUCUUCUUCAAGCGUAUCAAGGCUGCGUUCCUGUCGCCCCAGUUCCAGACUGAUGUCUACAAGCCCCUCAAGCUUGAUGACUUCAUUGACCAGGAAGUCCAGAACCUGUCUGGUGGUGAAUUGCAGCGUGUUGCCAUUGUCCUGGCUCUGGGAAUUCCCGCCGAUAUCUACCUCAUUGACGAGCCCAGUGCUUACCUGGACUCCGAGCAGCGUAUCGUGGCCUCCAGGGUCAUCAAGCGUUUCAUCAUGCACACCAAGAAGACUGCAUUCAUCGUCGAGCACGAUUUCAUCAUGGCCACUUAUCUCGCCGAUCGUGUCAUCGUCUUCGACGGUCAGCCCUCCAUCGAUGCUCACGCCAACGCCCCUGAGUCCCUGGUCACUGGUUGCAACACUUUCUUGAAGAACCUGGAUGUCACCUUCCGUCGUGACCCCAACAGUUACCGCCCUCGUAUCAACAAGUACCAGUCCCAGAUGGACCAGGAGCAGAAGUUGGCCGGCAACUACGUAAGUCUACAAUCUUCUCACCUCAGCACUGGCAUAGUUCAGCCGUGGUGGUAUCUUCUUUUUCUCAUGAGAAACAUAAUACUGACUUGCAUUCUUCACAGUUCUUCUUGGAAGAAGAGAAAUGAAGAGGUUGUUCCGGGCAAGUAUGACCGCGUGCCUCACCGACGUGACGGCCGCGACUCGGACCAGCGGCGUCGCUAUCGUCGCUGGGGCUACCUUCGGGUAGUGGCGUUUUUCGGCGUUACAAAGGCCUCUGCAGCUCAGAGAAGGCGGCGCCGCUGCCGUGGCGUGCGUCUUCCUGAUGAUGUGGAUGGUGCUUUGGAGGAGGAUGACGAAGAGGGAGCGGACGACUUGUUCGGCUAGGUAGGAGCAGUGGUUUAACCUGUUCCAGUUAAUCCUCUCUGGCCCCCCCUUGUCGUCGCUCAUGGUCGUCCCUCCCCAGCGCCAUCCACGCCUGCAUAGUUCAAUCUAGUCCUCUUCACGAUGGUUCAGAGUGAAGACACAACGAGACUAGU